ACAUCAUAACAGCAUGUGUGUAAGACUCUGGGCGCUUUAAAGCAAGAAUUGAGCAUGUGACUUUUUGGAUCGAAUUAAAAAUAAUUUAUCAGAGAAUAAAAUUCAAAUUUAUUGAUCGAAUUAAAAUGAUUUUAGCUGGCUAUGAUCGUCCACUUGGCAUUACCAUAUUGUUUAUAACAUCAUCCAUAUUAAUAUAUUACAGUCUAUGGAUCAUUCUUGUACCUUUAUUGGAUCAAAAUCAUUUUGUUACCCGAUUUUUUCCAGCCAAAAUCUCCUUUCAUCUUUUACUUGGCAUUCCAGUCACCAUUAUUACAACAGUAAUAAUUAUUAUUGUUUCAUAUUCAAUAUUUAAGUUAAAUACAUAUAAAGUGAUUAAAUUAGAAUAA